AUGAAGCCAUCAUACCGCGUGAAAAAUGGAUUAAACUCACAUCUACGACAAUCUCAAAAAGAACAUGCACAAUCAAACCCCAACGUCCAGUUCAUUGUUGCAGCUGAGUUUGACAACAAAUCGGGACCUGUCAUCAAGCAUCAAUAUCCUAAAACAAUUCCGGGGUUUCGAACAGUCGGUAACGAUUCCUUAGGCUCGCAUUUGGCAAGUUUAAUGAUUCCGAAUAGCGUUGAGAAUCAUCCAGGCAAGGCAGAUUUCACCGUAUUCGUCCUAUACAAGUAUCAAAAUAUGUACCAGCUAUUCCCUGUUUCGAGUAAUAAAGAUGCAGAGAAAGCGCUGGAUGCAGCAUCAAUUAUUGAGGAAGAGGCUCUCGAUGAAGAGCAAGAAGAUAGUUUUCCAAACGGGAAUUUGGAUUCUGGAUUAGCAAAUAACGGUAAACAGACGCAUGAACCACCACUAUUUUUCCUAAGUGUAGUAAAUACCCUACUUGAUAAGAAUAAUGAUAGAGGUGCAUAUAUAAAAGCAAUUGCAUUGGGGACUACGAUGACAAACUUCUAUACGUUCAAACCCCUACUAACUAUGGUUCUAGAUUACUACAUGAGUUCCAAUACUAACGAUGUAAGGAUACUUAUAGACUGUUUUGAUAUGAUCAAUAGUCUGGAUCUUUCAUUGGUUACAAGAUUUCAUUCAAAUACUAUUCUUCAAAGUAUUUUGAACUCAAUAAAUGACGAGGAUAUUACUUCCAAAAUUUUUGAUCCACAGGACUCUUCAUUGCCAAAUAUCUUACGAGUCAACGAAUUACCGAGGAAAGAUCGCUACGGAAAUGAAAUUCAAUUUAAAAAGAGAGUUCUUCAAUAUAAGUUUUCAACAUUUAUACCAAAGGUUUUACCUGCGUACUUCACCAAGAUACCAUUACAAAUUGAUCUUAUAAAACAUGAUAAUAUAAAAAUUGAAACAAACUAUAAUCACUCAAUCCUUAAACUCUUAUUAAGACUUAUACCUAUGUUCAAAGAGCUCAAUGAUUCAGAAUAUUCAUGGAGGCUCAUGAUAAAUUCUACCCAAUCAUCCAAAGAUGAACUAUGUCAAUUUGUGAUAGCAUUAUCUAAUCUCAUAAAUGGGUUUUGUUCAGAUUAUUUUGAUGGUUCAUCUAUAUGUAUUUUCCCUUACAUGGAGAUAUCAAUUAUUGACGUGUUCAGAGAAAACUUUACGGGCGAGUUUACGAAAGGGAAAUUUUUCAGUGUAGCUGGUGUAUCAAAUCCAAUAUUCCAAUAUCAAGUCGAUGUAUGGGAUUAUUACUACGAUAUGGAUACAGACAUUCUAAUAAAAUCAAAAUCUCUUUCACCAGAAGAGAAGAAUAAAGUUAAGACUCAAGGAAUUAGGUCAAUAUUUUCGAGGUACACUAGCUCACAGGAACAGGUGAACAAACAGAACAGGGCAAAAUUACAUACAAAAGAGGGCUUAAUGACAAUUAUAAUAAAUCUUUUGAUCAAAGGACAGCAUGACAAUGAGACGGUCUUAAAUACCUUGAAACGGGCUAGCAUACUUCAACUCUUACACCUAAUAAACAAUGGUCGCGAUGGUAUUAAUGGGGUUGAAAUGACACUAAAAGACCAAUAUAUCAUAAAUUACAAAGAUUUAAUUGUUUUCGCUGAUAUUUUCGAGUAUAAUUCCUUGAAGGUAUUGAAUCUUUUAAACAACUUAGAAUUGGAUAUAUCAAAAAUAUUCUGGCCGAACAUUACCAAUACAUACCAGAUUAAAAAGAGAUUGUUAUUGGAUUUAUACAAACAUUUGAAACAGUUGCAUAAGUUUAUUUCGGUGAAUAAAAAGAACUUAGGAAAAUUCCUUAAUAUUGCCAUGAAUUACCCAUUGGUAUCUGCUUUUGACGGGAUAAACAUAGCUCAAGAUGACCUUGCCGAUUUGAAUAUUGAAAAACUUUUAGCAUCCGAAAGGUCAAGCAUGAAAUCGAUUGAUUCUCUUUAUGAUGGAAGUGCUCCUAAUGACACAAUCGAUCACUUUAAUACAUACAAGGCAUUCAACCUUCUCCUUCUCCCACUAUUUUUAAAUCCACAAUUGGAACAUGAUGAUUCGAGUUUCCUUGGCGGAUUAGGCCCUCCAGCCCCUCUAAUGCGACUAUCUACGGGCAGAAAUUAUAAUUAUCAAUCUGAUUCAAGUCUUUCCAUGAUUUCCAGUAUCUACGAGACAAACGACAUCAUGAGCCAUGAUGUUAAUUAUGAAAAUUCGUUGAUUGAUGACGCAACAACGAUUUUCACAACGAAAUCCAACAUCCCGGACUUAUCGAGUCUGAUCAACAAAUGCCGGCAAAUGUCUAUAAAAAUACUGUAUCGAAUUCAAAGGCAUCAUAUCGGGCGUCUCAUUGUUAACUCGAAGUUAAAUCCAUUAUUCAGAGUAACAUAUCAAACAGCGAAGCAGGAACUAUUCAAUUCUUCGGAUAACACUUCUACCUUAAAUUCUAAUGGCCAUACCUUGCCUCAACCGAAUCAAUAUCUUCCCUCUACUCCUCCUGUAAGCGCCGACGCCAUAAAACCUAGAAAUAGCCUCAGACAUUCCACAGCAUCCUCUCCAAAGCUGGAGAGUUCGAUGAAACUCUCAGUUAGCAGAAGAGAUCUUUUAAAGGAUUUGAGUUUAAUAAAUGUAGACUCAGAAACAAAUGGUCUUCCUGCUCUUACAAAUACACCAAACAGACAUGAUCUUUUGGAGAGUCUCGCAAAGUUAGAAAUAUCACCAAAACAACAAAAUAACUUAUAG